GUUUGAGCCAAAAAGAAGCAGCUUUUCAUAAAACUAUUUGCUUUCAAAUCUGGUUAGGGCCAUAUGAAAGGUGUGUGAAGCAAUGAGAGGUGGGAACAACAAGAACAGAAAGCUUUCAUGGCCCAAGACAUUGGUCAAGAAAUGGUUCAAUAUCAAGAGUAAAGCUCAGGACUUUCAUGCUGAUGAUGUUGAUUAUAGAGGUGUUGAUCAAGAUAGGAGGGACCAUUUUUCAGAGAAGGAUCCAUGCACCAUCAAGAAAAGUAAAACAGAGAGAUCGAGCGAGAGGGGUUCGGAUGGAGCUCGGAGAGGUAAAGUCGAUCUCAAUGUUUCGCAGUUUACGGAUGUGCGUGAUUAUAGGAUUUUUGUAGCUACAUGGAAUGUGGCUGGAAAAUCUCCUCCUAGUUAUUUGAAUCUUGAAGAUUGGCUUCAUGCUUCUCCUCCUGCUGACAUUUAUGUUAUCGGUUUUCAAGAAAUUGUCCCUCUGAAUGCCGGUAAUGUGUUGGGAACCGAAGACAAUGGACCGGCUAGGAAAUGGCUAGCUCUCAUUAGGAAGACACUGAAUAGUCUUCCUGGGAGAAGCGGUUGUUGCCACACGCCUUCGCCGAUCCCUGAUCCACUUGUGGAACAGGAUUCGGACUUUGAAGGAUCAACGAGGCAGAAAGCUUCGUCUUUCCUUCACCGCCGAUCAUUUCAAUCCUUGAGCUGCAGCAUGAGAAUGGAUAAUGACAUGGCAAUGCUGCAACCCCAGCUCGACCGCUGCUUCAGUGUCUGCGAUCGUGUUAUAUUUGGACAUAGGCCUAGUGAUUACGACCCUAAUUUCAAAUGGGGUUCCUCUGAUGAUGAAAACGGACAGGGGGAUUCGCCAUGGAAUGCUCAAUAUUCGCAAUAUUCUCCGAUGUCAUAUGGUGGAUCUUUUGUCAUGGAGGAAACCAGUAGGCAGAUGGGGAAUUCAAGGUACUGUUUGGUUGCCAGCAAGCAAAUGGUAGGGAUAUUUCUAACUGUGUGGGUGAAGAGUGAUCUUCGAGAGGAUGUUCGCAACAUGAAAGUGUCCUGUGUUGGCAGAGGAUUGAUGGGAUAUCUCGGAAACAAGGGAUCCAUUUCUAUUAGCAUGUCUUUGCAUCAAACCAGCUUUUGCUUCGUCUGUAGUCAUUUAACAUCCGGGCAAAAAGAGGGCGAUGAACUGCGAAGAAACUCCGAUGUCAUGGAGAUCCUAAGGAAGACAAGGUUUCCCAGGGUUAACUGUAUCGGAGACAAGAAUUCUCCCCAAACGAUUCUAGAGCAUGAUCGUAUUAUAUGGCUCGGGGAUUUGAAUUAUCGGAUUGCUCUGUCGUACUGUUCUGCAAAAGCUCUGGUCGAGAUGCGCAAUUGGAAGGCACUGUUAGAGAAUGACCAGCUUCGGAUAGAGCAGAGGCGAGGCCGUGUUUUCGAGGGAUGGAGUGAAGGAAAAAUAUAUUUCCCUCCUACAUACAAAUACUCUAAUAAUUCAGACAGAUAUGCUGGAGAGGGUAGGCACCCAAGGGAGAAGCGAAGGACUCCCGCAUGGUGUGAUCGUAUACUGUGGUAUGGAAGAGGCCUAUAUCAGCUAUCUUAUGUUCGUGGGGAGUCCAAGUUCUCUGAUCAUAGGCCUGUCUACAGUGUAUUUUCGGCUGAGAUUGAGUCUAUUAACCUCAGCCGAAUGAGCAAAAGCAUGAGUUGUUCCAGUGCCAGGAUCGAGGUUGAAGAGCUGUUGCCACAGCCACACGGAUAUACCGAACUUUGUUUCUUUUGAGAUAAUCUUUAACAAUCCAUAUUUCCAUGCGGUAACUUACAUAACAAGCAAAAGGAUUAAGUGCACAGUCGUGCAAGCUGUUAACAGGAUAUCAUGAUGAAAGUGCGAUUCAAAUUCACUCAGGAAUUCUAACCGUGCUCUCUCUCACAACCAGUAAGGUAAUUUUAAUCCUUUAAUGUGUGC